CACACACACUGCAGAGGAGGAAACGCAAUGGCGGCAGGUGUGGCUAAGGUGGGCGAUGGCUCUGCUUCAGUCUACGGCGGGGAGCUGACGUUUUCCGUGCUCAUCACCUGCUUCGUGGCGGCCUCCGGCGGGCUCAUCUUUGGCUACGACAUCGGCAUCUCAGGCGGCGUUUCUCAGAUGAAACCCUUCCUGGAGGCCUUCUUCCCCAAGGUGCUGAGGAGGAUGGCGGACGCGAAGAGGAACCAGUACUGCAUGUUCGACAGCCACGCGCUGACAUCCUUCACUUCGUCUCUGUACCUGGCCGGCCUCGUGGCGUCCCUGGCAGCCGGCCGCGUCACCAGGUCGCUGGGCCGGCGUGGCACGAUGCUGGCGGGCGGGGCUCUCUUCUUCGCAGGCGGCGCCAUGACCGGCGGGGCGGCGAACCUCGCCAUGCUCAUCGUCGGACGGAUGCUGCUGGGCUUCGGAGUCGGGUUCACCAACCAGGCUACCCCGCUGUACCUCGCUGAGAUGGCUCCCGCGCGUUGGCGGGGCUCGCUCACCUUGGGCUUCCAGUUCUUCGUCUCCCUGGGGAUACUCAUCGCCAACCUCGUCAACUACGGCACCGCGCGCCUCACGUGGGGCUGGCGGCUCUCGCUCGGCCUCGCCGGCGCGCCCGCCCUCAUCAUGUUCGUCGGCGCCUUCUUCCUCACCGACACGCCCAGCAGCUUCGUCAUGCGCGGGAAGGAGGAUCUUGCCAGAGCGGCGCUCGUCCGGGUGCGCGGGCCCAGCGCGGACGUGGAAGCCGAGCUCAGGGACAUCGCGCGCGCCGUGGAGGCCGCGCGCGGCAGAGAGGAGGGAGCGUUCCGGAGGCUCUUCGCGGUCCGGGAGUACCGGCCGCACCUGAUCUUCGCCUUCGUGCUGCCGCUGUGCCACCAGCUCAGCGGCAUGAUGGUCCUGACCUUCUUCUCGCCGCUGGUGUUCCGCAUCGCCGGCUUCGGGAGCAACGCGGCGCUGAUGGGCGCGGUCAUCCUCGCCUCGGUCAAGUUCGGCUCGCUCAUCCUCUCCACGCUGGUGAUCGACCGCUACGGCCGCAAGGCGCUCGUCAUCGCCGGCGCCGUCAUCAUGGUGGUUUGCCAGGUGGCGAACGCGUGGAUCAUGGGGGCGCAAGGCGGGAAGAGCGGCGAGACCCCGCUGCCACGGGCGUACGGGGUGGCGCUGCUGGUGCUGACGUGCGUGCAGGGCGCCGGCUUCGGCAUGUCGUGGGCGCCGCUCAUCUGGGUCAUCCCCGGCGAGAUCUUCCCGCUGGAGAUACGGUCGGCGGGGCAGUCGGUGAGCGUGUCGGCGACGCUGGGGCUCACGUUCGUGCAGACGCAGACGUUCCUCGCCCUGCUGUGCUGCUUCAAGUACGCCACCUUCGCCUACUACGCGAGCUGGGUCGUGGUCAUGACGGCCUUCGUCCUCGUCUUCCUGCCGGAGACCAAGGGCGUCCCCCUCGAGUCCAUGGGCUCCGUCUGGGAGAGCCACUGGUACUGGAGGCGGUUCGUGGGCGACGGCAAGCGCGUCCAAGCAUCUCCGUCUAUGUGAACAUGGUUUUAGUAUGUCGAGACGCCGGGAUAAGAAAAAAAAUUCUUCGUUAGAAAACAGCAACAUGAUCGAUCCGCUCAGUGAUAACCUUGAUGUGCUCACACAUGCUCAGUUUGAAUUCAGUUAGGCUUUAGUUAGAGCGUUGCGCUCCAUCUUCUUGCUCCAACUUGCAUAGAAAAUAAUACUGUACUACCCCUCGACCAUGACUUGCUGAUGUGCUUGCGAUCUCGGGUGAUGAAUGCCAUUGUCACGUUGACCUUAUCUCGCGCAAUGAAACAUGCUGACAGGUGGGCCAUCUUCGA